ACGUCAACCGGAGCCCGGACCCGGCGUAUCUGUAGCCGCGGUGUGUUUAUCUGCUAACAACAAGAGACUGUUUUUGAAGCAGUUUGCGGCGUUUUCUCCCAAAUAGCAGCUUUGCGGACUUUAUCACAGGCUGGGAGUGAUGACACCGCCGCCGGUAGUGUCCGUUGGAGGAAGAGGAAGAGGAAGGAGGCGAUGAGGAGGAUGAUGACAUGCAGUUAGCUGGCUGCCUGGCUGGCUGACGGACGGACCAGAGCCCGCUGAGAGGGAGACGUGUCCCCCCGAAACUAGAGCAGGAUCCGGGACGCAGAGAGGCGAAGAUGCCGCGGAGGAAACAGUCGAACCCGCAGCCGGUGAAAUUGGAGUCUGAGGACGGGGCGGUGGUGUGCGAUCCGAGCUGCCUGGUUCUGGAGAGCGACUUUCUGCUGAGCGGUGAGCUGGAGUUUGGAGACUCGGAGAUCAUGGGGCUGGACAGAGAGGCCGGAGUGACGGUCUUCUCUCUGAGCGUGGAGGACGACUCCUCAGCUCCAACAGACUCCACCUUCCCGGCGUUUCUGUCCUGUAAAGGAUGUGGUCAGCUGCUGGGCGAAACGCCUCUGGGGGCCGGUCUGGAUCUCGGUGUGGGUCUGGACCUGGCAGCAGAGCUCUACUGUCUCACCUGUGAGGAGAGCUUCCAGCACUCCGCCUCCAUGGACUCCUCUCAGAUGGAGGGAUCCAACCUGUCUGACAGAUCCGGCUCCGACAGGAAGAGGAGGAGCGUGGGUCAGGGCAGCGACCUCCCCGCCAAGCUGUUCUCGUGCUCGCUGUGCGCCUUCACCUCGCGCUACUCCAACCACCUCAAACGCCACAUGAGGAUCCACGACGGCCACAAGCCGUUCCGCUGCCCCGUCUGCCCCUACGCCUCGGCCCAGCUGGUCAACCUGCAGCGCCACGGCCGAACCCACACCGGGGAGAAACCCUACCGCUGCCCGCAGUGCAGCUACGCCUGCAGCUCCCUGGGAAACCUGCGGAGGCACCAGCGCAUGCACACGCAGGAGAGACCGCAGAGGAGGGAGAAGGAGAAACGACGAGGGAGGAGGAAAAAAGCCAAGGCUGGACCUGAAGAAGUGGUGUCAGACCUGACCCUGCGUCUGUCCCAGGACUCCGGUUACCUCCAGACGUUGGGGGGCCUCGGCUGUCCCUCCGGCCCCCUCCCGGUGCUCCUGUUCCCCCUGUGCUGCCGGGUGUGUGGCCUCACCCUGGAGGAGGCCGACCUGGAGGGGGAGAAGGCCGAGGGGGAGGCAGAGGGCGACGGAGGGCAGAUGUGUCGUCGCUGCUCGUUGGACCUGCUGUCCAAAGACGUCUCGGGGCCUCCCUGCAGCCUGGACGGUCCUCGGGGCCCCCGGCGGGGACAGCGGGGCUCCAAGCUGUACCGCUGCCCUCGCUGCCCCUUCCUGUCCCACUACCCCAACCACCUGGCCCGACACUCCCACACCCACUCUGAGGAGAAGCCCCACCGCUGCCCCCACUGCACCUACACCUCGUCACACCUGGACAACCUCAAGCGCCACCUGCGCGUGCACACGGGCGAGAAGCCUUACCAGUGUCCGUCCUGCAGCUACGCCUGCGGGAACCUGGCCAACCUGCGCCGCCACGAGCGCAUCCACUCGGGGGCCAAGCCGUUCCACUGCGGCGUCUGCGGCUACUCCUGCAACCAGAGCAUGAACCUGAAGAGGCACAUGCUGCGGCACACCGGAGAGAAGCCGUACGCCUGCAACGAGUGCAGCUACACGACGGGCCACUGGGACAACUACAAACGCCACCAGAGGAAGCACGGACACAACACGGACAGCUGGGACAAACACACCCCCAUCAACGGGCUGAGCUGGGGACGAGACGGCCAGGAGGACCAGAGUCAGGGACAGGAGCACAAGUAGACACACCGAGGGAGUGUGUGAGAGUGUGUGAGAGUGUGUGAGAGUGUGUGAGAGUGUGUGGGAGUGUGUGGGAGUGUGUGAGAGUGUGUGAGAGUGUGUGAGAGUGUGUGAGAGUGUGUGAGAGUGUGUGAGAGUGAGUGAGAGUGUGUGAUAGAAACACAGCUGCAGCAAUCAGUCCUCAAACCAAACAACUAUCCUGAUAAUUAACAAUUAACGGUCAUUUUUUUCCACCUCGAUGCCAAAACGUUAGCUUCUUCCAGCUCCUCUAGUGUGAGAAUGAGCAGCUUGUUAGUUUAAAAUGUUCUUAACUGAGACUUUUAUUUUUGGAUUACUGGUCGGACAAAACAAGAUGAUGCAAAACACAGAAAUUUUUCUCUCUCUUUAGAUGAAAGGAUUCAUCUGCUGAUUGUGAAAAUAGUCAUCAGAUUAGUUGAUAAUAAACAAACUCAGGAUGCAUCAGGUUUCCUGCACUAAAGACAGGAGAAAGUCAGCUCUAUGAAGCUGGUAGAACAUUUACAGAUGACAGUUUGGACAGCAGAAUUACUGAACACUUAUUCAGAUCAUGUAAAAUAUUAAAAUAUUACACUAGCUGCUGUGUUGUGUGAGUGGUAUUUGUGUUGUGUAUAAUGUGUGUGUGUUUGUGUACUUGUUUCUGCUAUACCGGUGGGGACUUUGACCUGACUCUGUGCUUUAUUGGUGGGGACUCGUCUCACGGUGGGGACCUAAAAUGAGGUCCCCACGGGUGGAAACAGUGUUUUCUUGGCCAUGUUGUUGUUACUAAAAAUGUAAAAGUGCAAAAAAGUUUCUUUAGGGUUAGGCAUUGUUUUGGUUAGGGUUAAGGUUUGGUUAAGGUUAGGGGUUCGAUAUGAAUGGGAGUCAAUGGUAAGUCCCCACCGGUAUAGAUAAACAAACGUGUGUGUGUGUUGUGUAUAACGUGUGUGUUGUGUAUAAUGUGUGUGUGUCUGUGUACUUGUUUCUGCUAUACCGGUGGGGACUUUGACCUGACUCUGUGCUAUAUUGGUGGGGACUCAUCUUACGGGGUGGAAACAGUGUUUUCUUGGCCAUGUUGUUGUUACUGAAAAAUGUAAAAGUGCAAAAAAGUUUCUUUAGGGUUAGACAUUGUUUUGGUCUGGUUAAGGUUAGGGUUAGAUAUGAAUGGGAGUCAAUGGUAAGUCCCCACCGGUAUAGAUAAACAAACGUGUGUGUGUGUUGUGUAUACACUGGUGAACCUCCAGCUCAGCGUGGAGUUAAACUCAGGUGCCUUGGACAGACUAACGACUGUAACGCUGCACUGACUUUAUAAACGGGCAUUAAUAUGUUGAAGGGGUGAGAUCAGCGUCUCACUCCGUUCUUUGGGAAAUGCAGUGAUGUGAUCAUGAAGCCGGUCUGAUGUUUCUUUUUCUCUACAGAGGAUCUCUAUUUUGUAGGUGAGGGAUGUGGACGGUUUGUUCCAGCGGGGUUCCUGUGCAGCUUUAGUCUCAGUCACUGACUGUCGGUAAGCAGAAAGAAAGAAAACUGAAUAAUUAACCUCACAGCAACAAAAUUAAUAGAAACAUGACAUAAAACCUGAUUAUUAGGCUUUCAAAUAGAAAAAUGGAUUGAAAGAGAGUUCAUUUUGGGGUUGAGGGGUUGGAAAUGCUGCGAUUGUUUGACUGCAUCAGAAUCUACAUAAAAGUCAGAAAAUAGACGCUGAUUUAAAAAAAAGCUGCAAUGAACGUCGGCAUUAGAAAGACAAAGUGAUAAUGUUAUGAGAAAAUAAAAACACAGCCUUAGGUUAAUAAAUAAUGACUUUACAUUGUAAUAAAAAGUAUUUUAGAGCUGCAAAUCUCCUAAACACUGCAUGUUUAGGUUUCAGUAAUGAUCACCUCAGUAAGAAUUUGACUGUGCUGUUUUUAGUGUUAAAAUGAGGAUUUUAUUCUUAUAAAAUUCUAACGUUUUUCUUUGUUUAUUACAUCUUUAUUCUCAUAAUGUUCGGACAUUUUUCUCAUAAAUUAUGACCUCAGUUUUCUUAUAAAAUGACCAUUUUCUCAUAAAAUCAUCAAAUAUUUCACUUUGAAAGUUUAACUGUUCUCAUGAAACUGAUCGUUAUCUUCUACAUUUUCUGUCUUUUUAAAUUACCACAUUUUUAUGUCAGAAUUACACCUUUUUUCCUCAUGCCGUUCUGUUUUUCCCUGCUGACAGUUAUCACUCUUUUUGCUCAUAACUUUGUGACUUCAUUGUUGAAUUUUUCUACAAUCAUUCAAUCAGAAUUCCAGUUUACACAGAAUCAGAAUGUGGUCAGAAUGCUUUUAGAUUUAAAGAAUGAGAAGUUUUAAAGUGGACAUGCACAGGAGCCCCGCUGGUUUUUCAUUCAUCCAACCAGAGCUGUAUUCAGGAGGAACCUCGUGCCUUUUUUCAGUCAUGGCUUCACACUUUUUCUUCUUCUUUUCUUUUUUAUCUAGAUCCUAAAAUGUGUUGGCAAAUUACAGAUCUGUGCUCAGACUGAGACACUCUUUACUCCUCUCAACGUUUCAGAGGAUAUCUCUGCUCGCUUUACUUGUUUUUAGCACAAAUUUCAUGAAAAUCAGCCUCAGACAUGGAAACAAUCAGGGAAGAGUUUAUUGAUAAAAGAACUCUCAUUUUAAUAACUCAUUAAAGUUUCCAUCAAACACUGAAAA